AUGGACGAAAAAUGUCGAUUAUGUUUGAAUCAAAUAGAUUUCAAUCAAACUAGUGUAGCAAAAAUUGGUGACGAGCUAUUUAGUAAUAAGUUAAGCUUGAUUUUUAACUUUUCUAUAAAUGCUAGUGAAUGGUUUCCAUCGUCAGUUUGCCUACAGUGUGAGACUAAGGUGGAAGAUUACUAUACCUACCAUGAGCUGGUAAAGAACAACCAGGAUCAGCUGUGGGCCGUGCAGCAUCAAAAGCAUUUCGUAGAAGUUAAAGAGGAACCAGAUUCGGUAACAGAUUUUGAAUUGCCCUUCGAGGAAGCUGAACCCGUUCUGCAAUGUACGGAACGCGUCUUAGAAAACAUUCUAGACAGCCCAGAAAACGUCCUUGAACGCAAGGAAGAUAUGAAUCCUGCCAGCGGCUAUGAGUCUAGCGACAGCCCUAGCGGCAGUUCCGAUGGGAGCGAGUAUAAAGAGGAAAAAACGAAAACACCCUUGCGUUCGGGUAGGACGAAAUCCGUACGAUCUGCUGUGACACGCCAAACUCGCCCUGUUAAGAGAGGUAGCAUUAAAUUAAGCACACCAAAAAAGUCAACGGAACGUAAGCGAAAAACGACGGACGAAACCAACCAGCGGUUGCUGGAGUUUUACGACAUGAAGUGCGAGAUGUGUGAUGAAAAGCUGGACUGCUUCACGGCGCUAAAGAAUCAUUAUUAUAAACAGCACCAGACCCAGGGCUACAUCAAAUGCUGCGGACGUACUUUCCACAGCCGGUAUCGGUUACUUGAGCACCUGUCGUAUCAUGUGGGUGCAAGUAUGGUUCGGUGCGAAAUUUGCAACAAAAACUUUAGUAGCCGGAGCUACUUAUUAGUUCACAAAAGUCGCGUUCACGGACAGGAUAAAGAUCGACCGUUCAAAUGCACCCAGUGCCAUCAAUCGUACGCGAUGGAGUGCCACCUUAAAGCGCACAUCGUGUCGCAUGUGCGAGUCAACUGCACUAUCUGCGGGAAGGAAUUGGCGAGUACGCUCUCGCUUCGCACGCACAUGUUCAACAUGCACCGAAAACGAGAGAAUCAUAUAUGUGAGUCCUGCGGAAAGGAGUUUCGCAGCCGGCAAGCGUUCGAAAAACACAUUAAGAUGCACAAGGGUCUCGACACGUCGGAGCAAAUGCAGUGCACUGUGUGCUCCAAAUGGCUAAAUAGCAAGCGAGCGCUCCAGAUGCACGUGAAGCUGGUGCACACUGAAGCAGGCCAGACAUUCCAGUGCAACCUUUGCACGCAACAGUGCCCAAACAGUAGAGCCCUAGCGAAUCACAAGCAACGUGUGCACGUGGAAGAGAGGUUUAAGUGCGAAGAGUGCGGAAAACUGUUCAAGCGCCGGCUAUACCUGAAGGAACACGUGGCCGCACUGCACACGCGAAAACCACUUUACUCCUGCGAAGUGUGCGGUGCCACAUUCAACUCGAACGCCAACAAGUAUUCACAUCGGAAAAACAAGCAUCCCGUAGAAUGGGAGGCACGCCGCAAGCUGCUACUGGAACAGCAGCAAGAGCAACAACUGCAGGCUGCUAACAGGUGAAUGUUUUUGUUGACCAAAAUGCAAAUAUGAGUUGGGCCUGCAGUUUAUUUCAUGAUUGCCAUCGUAGACUUCUCUUCAGUUGAAAUAAGCAUGUAAACCUUCAAGCUUAUGUAAAGAUUGGAUUGAAUCACAGGAAAUUGAACAUCGAAAUAGGGUGGAACACGCAGGAAAUUAAUAUAGCUUUUCCCUCUACCGUCAGUUUAGCAGUUCAGUUUAAACUCAGUCUACCUCUAUUCCACAGAUAGAAUCGAAUCUUUUCGAUAUGAAACCGUCUUGUUUCCAUAAAAUAAUGCAGUUACGCAUUUGCCUUCCUGCUGCCGUUACAGUUAAAUAGUUGAUUAACAUAAGAUAAAAGUGUGCUUUUUUCC